GACCCAGUUAGUAUAUUCGAAACAUUUGCAAAAUGAAGGUUCUAACUUUAGUCCUAUUCACUGCCUUGGUUGCAGUGGCAGUUGGCCGGCCGAACGGCGGAUGGUUCGGAAAUUUGGGAGGCAGUUGGGCCAAGACGUUUGGCUGGGGAUCCGAUGACAGCCAGAAUGUGCAAGAGCAAAAGUGGAAUGGUCAGAAUCAGUGGAAUGGCCAUGGAAAUGGACAGGCUCAGGGUCAGUGGAAUGGCGGAAAUGGUCACGGACAGUGGAACGGAAAUAACCAUGGCCAUGGGCAAUCGAACGAAAAUAACCAUGACCAUGGACACGGAAACAAUCAUGGUCAUGGUAAUGGUCAUGGUAAUGGUCAUGGUAAUGGCCAUGGUAAUGGUCAUGGUCAUGAUCACGGCCAUGGAGGUCAUCAUCCACCACCACCUCCACCACCCCCAACUACGGAUCUGCCCGAAGAUGAUGUUGCAUCCACAACUGCUGUGACCGAAGUUCCAGAAGAUUCUACCACCCAGGCACCAGAGGAAAUCACCACCGGCUCUGAGGAAGGAAGCGGUUCUACGGAAGAGACUACUUUGGCCCCUGAAGUUCCGGAAGAAUCCACCUCCCAGGCUCCAGAGGAAGUCACCACUGACUCCGAAGACGGUAGCGGCUCUGAGGAAACCACUCAGGCUCCCGCAGAUUCUGAAGAUUCUACAACUCAGGGACCAGAAGAAACUACUACAGACUCCGAUGACGGUAGCGGCUCUUCUGAUGAAACCACUCAGGCUCCUGAAGUUCCCGAGGAAUCUACCACCCAGGAACCUGACGAAACCACCACCGAUUCCGAAGACGGCAGCGGUUCUUCUGAUGAAACCACUCAGGCUCCAGAGGAUACCACCACACAAGAACCGGAAGAAUCUACCACCGACUCCGAAGACGGCAGCGGUUCUUCCCAAGUGACCACUCUUGCCCCUGAAGUUCCCGAGGACUCUACCACCCAGGAACCGGAAGAGUCCACAACCGACUCCGAGGACGGCAGCGGUUCUUCUAAUGAAACCACUCAGGCUCCUGAGGACCCAGAGGAUUCCACCACCCAGGAACCGGAAGAAUCCACAACCGACUCCGAAGACGGCAGCGGUUCUUCUAAUGAAACCACUCAGGCUCCUGAGGACCCAGAGGAUUCCACCACCCAGAACCCCGAAGAAUCCACCACCGACUCCGAAGACGGCAGCGGUUCUUCUAAUGAAACCACUCAGGCUCCUGAGGAUCCAGAGGAUUCUACCACACAGGAGCCGGAAGAAUCCACCACCGACUCCGAAGACGGCAGUGGUUCUUCUGAAGUGACUACUCUUGCCCCUGAAGUUCCCGAGGACUCUACCACCCAGGAACCGGAAGAAUCCACCACCGACUCCGAGGACUCCACCACUCAGGCAUCCGAAGAGCCUCAGGACUCGACGACUGAUUCUUCAGCGGCUUAGAAAGUUAGUUUGUUAAUGCCAAAGGUUGCUAGUGCAUUUUCUCAAAAGUCGUUUGAAAGAAUUUGAAAACGAACUAUAAUGCAAUUAUUAAACUGUUAUAGCUAAAUUAUUAACCGUGUUUGGCAAACAACCACGUGAAACCAUUUGUAGGAUUAGGAUUGAAACCUCAUGAAGCAACAUCGUGUUAUGAAGUCACGCAUUCGUCAUUUACAUUUAUAGUUUUUACAAUCUGAAUAAUAAAAACUCCCCAAAAACAACUCAAA